AUGGACGUCCCGGUGGCUGCCAAUGUACUGGGUACCAUGGGAGCGGUCUGUUGGUCUAUUCAGUUGAUACCUCAGAUUGUCGUAAACUACAGACGACACAAUGCAACCGGAUUGCAACCCACAAUGAUGAUGUUGUGGGCUUGGGCUGGUGUCCCCCUGGGCGUUUAUAACAUUGCUGAAGACUACAACAUUGCUCUGCGCAUCCAGCCUCAAAUUCUCACUGUGCUGAGUCUCGUCACGUGGAUCCAGUGCUACUAUUACGAAAAGAAUUGGUCAAUUUUGCGUUCGCUUGCAGUAGUCAUCCCCAUAGCCAGUGUUAUGGGGGGAGUGCAAACUGGCCUCAUCUUCGCAAUACGACGUGCUCAGCACCAGGGCCUGCACUGGCCUAGUAUCCUCAUGGCAGUUGCUUCAGCUGCUUUGCUAGCGGCUGGCGUUAUGCGUCACUACAUUGAUAUCUACCUCUUUCGGACUGUUCGAGGAAUCUCGUUCAUCUUUGUAGCCAUUGAUGCUCUAGGCGAUGUCUUCUCACUGGUGUCCGUCCUGUUUCAGCCUACACUUGACAUUCUGGGGAUAGUGAUUUAUGGCACCGAAUUGGCCCUCUGGAUUGGCAUCUUUGCCUGCGGAGCUUAUUACAACCUCUCACCUUGGAUUAUCUCGCAGACAAACGGCCGGGGAAAAGGUCAUGCGGUAUGCGAUGAAAGCGCUCGUCCUGCCGCAAAUCUGAACACAGGUGAAGAUGGAGCAGCAGUCGCAUCUGGGAUUGCUCUCCACAAUCUACCUUCCAGCACCUCACGCGAGUAUUUCUCCACCAUACUCACAAGACGCAGCAGCACACCAAAUAUCGCUACGAAGACUUGGGCAAUGAUUUCCAUCAUGAUGGCCAAGGCUACGUCGCUGGACUGCCAAUCGGAUGCUCCGUCAGUGCCCAAUCCCACACCAGUCACCGAGCCUGUCGGCACUCCGUUUGCCAGUGAGCCUGUCGACCCCCCGCCAGAGAUGGACUACGCCGCUGUGGCUAGGAUUCUUGCUCCUAUUCAGGAGUCGCUCAACGAAGCAGCCGAGGAGGCCGGUUAUCCUUCCCCUCCCAUCAACACGCCCGUAGUUGGUUCCCCGGAGCCCUCCAUCGUCUACCGUAAUCCUACGACUCGCGGUCGCGGCAUUAGCGCCAUCGGUGACAGACUUGCUCAGUUGAAGCUCGAUAACCGCAAGCUGCGUCAGCAUGAAGGAGAUGCGGGAUCAGUCAACUAUUCUCCCGAGCCUUCGGUCGCCGAAGAUGACGAGGCCGACAUUGCCAGCGUUUCUGAGGUAGUGAGCGAUAGCGGCAAGAGCAGGCACGCUCGUAAGCCUCUUUCUCCCAUCAGUGUGACCGAGGGCACAGUGCCUAUCGCCCUGGGCUCUCCUGCCGCCAACCCUCGUAUCGCCGAGUACUUGAGCUUCACCUCGGAUGACUUGCCCACAAGCUCGGUUGCCCCUUGCUUUCCCUCUACCCUUAUGGAGAUGGGCACAUCUUGUACCGAGCCGGCGGUUCGUGGUGGCAGUGACAGCUUGAGGAGCGAAGGCGUCACGGAAAAGAGCAACUGGGCUGAGGAGAUCGAAGACGCCGUCAACCGCGCUUUCUUGCGCCUUGAGCAGCUAGCAGCUGAUGAGGUUAAGAUGGACGCUAGCAAGACGUUUGAGGAGUACUACAUUGCUCGGCUUGAGCGCCUGCUUGGUAGCGACAAGCGAGCAGUUCCUGUCCUUGUUCAGAAGGCAAACGGGACUAGCAAGGCCAACAAAGACAACAAGUAG